AUGAUUCCGGCAUGCGACACCUUAAGAAUUCUUCACUUGCCUCCACAUCUCUCUGACGAUCGGCGCAAUGAGCUAUUGCAAAAGUAUGGUGCCAUAAAAACCAGAACGCUACGAAGAUCCAACAAAUACACUGUUACUUUUGCAAAGUUUCUAAACCAACAAUUGGCGGCAGAAGCUCUGCUGCGUUUGCAUCAGUUGAAUGUCAGAGGACAGUACCUGUCAGUGGAGUAUGCUAAGAAACCUACCUCCGCUGAACUUUCAGAGGAGAGUACUGAGCAAGAAACACCGGCGAACAAUGAUACGCAAGCAGAAACUACUAAUAAGUCCCAAGUUCAAUCGUUUCUACGAAAAUUAAACAGUUGGACUAUGAAUCAUGAGUUUAGUCAACCACCUCCACCAAAUAUAAAGUAUAGAUAUACAGCACCAACAAGAAGUACGUUAAUAAGGAUAGCUAUACAGCUAUUGACGAAACCAGCGUUUUAUACACAGGUAUUGCAUUUAAUGAAUAAGAUGAAUCUACCACCUCCAUUUGAGGAAUUGGAGGAAGAAUUUCCUAUGCUCAAGGAGGUGUACGAUAUGGAGAAGUACAAGGAUAUUUUUGGUACACUACACGAGCACACAAAUGAAGGGAUGGAAGAAGAAGAAGAGGAAUCCGAGUUAGAGUCAGAUGGAGAAGACAACACCAGAUUACCGGAAAUUAUUCCUGUCCUUAAAAGAAAACGGUUACAGUCGACGAAGCGCAUGAAGAUACCGAAGUUCGUGAAGCCUACCAAGAAUACUACCCCUACUUUAUCCACGCAGAAGGUUAAGCCGGAGGAUAUAUUUGAAUCCGUUCAACGUAGCGAGGCGAAGAAUCUCAAGAUCGAGUUAAAGACUCUGGAUAAGCCGUUGGAGGUGGCGGCUGCCGAGCAGGAUGACAAUGUCGCGGUAGACAGUGGAUUCGGUUUAAUAUUUCCGACAAAUAAGGAUGCCGAAGAUAGGGAGGACAGCGGGGAGAGUACGGAGACGCGGAAAAAUAAGUUUAUUACUUCGGAGGAGUUGGCAGCCAACAGAAUUUCCGCCAAUGACCAGAGGGUGCUCCCCGUUUUCAAAAAUUAUCAUCCAGGCAAGCCCUCCAAUCGUCUCUACAUAAAGAAUCUCACCAAGCAGGUGGAGAUGAAGGACCUAGAUUAUAUUUAUCAAAGAUUCGUCAUCGCGGGACUGAAAGAUGCCGAGAGCGAAUAUGAUUUACGGCUUAUGCAGGAGGGUAGAAUGAAGGGGCAAGCUUUUAUUACCCUACAAAAUGUUAUGCAGGCGCAAAUGGCCCUCGAGGAAACUAACGGAUACAUAUUGAAAGAUAAGCCCAUGGUUGUACAAUUUGCAAAAGCUGCCAAAAGUUAGGAACUAUUUCUAUUUUAAUAUAACCGUAAUUUUGAUUGUUUUAUGUUACAUUUAAUUUUAUGUCACGAUUAAAUGACAUUAUUCACUGU